AUGGAAGUUCCUGCGUUUGUCAAUGGAAAUAAUGACAUUUACAUUGGUGAUGCACCGAUUCCUCCAGAAGUUCUGACUGAAAUUUUGAUCAGGAGUGGUAGUCCACGCUCUAUCCUUUGUGUGUGUUCCUUGGUUUGCCAUCGAUGGUGCAAAAUUUUAUCUGCUCCAGGAUUUUGGAUUAGAUAUAUGGAGUUUCAGUCAUUGAAUUUGCCGCCUACUUUUUUAAGAAGUGAACCUUUGUUGAAUAUCAAAAAAGUUUCCAUAAAGCAACCUUUUGGAAGAAAUCUAAUACGGAACCCAAGUGGUGAUAACGGAUCAUUUGAUAACUGGCAAGUGCGCGAAAAUGAUGGUGAUGGAUUUAUCAUCGAAAAGCCGCCAGUAGGUUGUUCAAAUUCAUCGGCUUAUGACAUAUCGACUGCAUUUGCAACAAGUUUUGGUUGGUGUAGUAAAGUUCAAGUUGUUGAUUUGUGGAGGGAAGGAAUAGAACCAGUAUUUCUUGAUGAAUUUUGUCCACCGAUCACUGUUUCUGAAUAUUAUACUUGUCGUUUUGACUGUUCAUCCGUGUAUUUACUGGAUGUUCAAUUGCUUGGUGAUGGAAGCUUGUCGUUGACAAAUGAAACAGAAACAUCGAGUUCACCCGAUUUCUAUUUUGGUCUUUCUCGACCAUUUCAUGUUCGCUUUUCAGUAAACAAUGUGGUUUGGCGUGAUGUAACAACUGAUACAGAAGUUAUUCGGUGUCGUGUGAUGGAAGAUUGGACAGCAACCACUUUGUUAAUUUUGACGACGUUUAAAGUCUUUGAUUUAGAUGCAGAAUGGCAGAAAAUUGAACAUACUUUCACGAAUUAUCCAAAGGGUAUUCGUUAUGUGUUUUUUGAGCACUGUGGGAAAGAUCAGCAGUUCUGGGCUGGUCAUUAUGGUUCAAAAAUGGCGAAAGCCUCAGUUGUUAUACAUUAUGGUAACGGACAGCGCAGAAAUAUUGACUCGUGA